GAAAUGACUUAGACGUGUACCAAAGCCAGUUUCUGGAGCUUCGGCAAAGACUACUGUAUGCUGAAAAGGAAAAUAAAAGAAGAUCACACGAACUGAGCAAUGCCCUAGAGGAAAUCAAACGUGUAGUUGCAAAAAGAAUGAACUUGACAACAAAUCAUACAGAUGAUAUGAAGUGGAAAGUGUUAAACCUCACCAGAAAACUCCCUGUGCAUCUUACAAACAUGUACUACUAUCUACCUCACCUUCGAGAAUAUGAAGAUGCCAUUUUCCCAAACGUUAUUUUUGGGCAACAGAGAACUGGAGUCUCACUGGUGAUGGGUGUGCCUACUGUGAAAAGGGUAAAACAAGAUUAUCUGAUUAAUACCCUGCAUUCCCUGCUGUACAACCUUUCUGAAGAGCAAAAGAACGACUGCGUAAUAAUCAUCUUUGUAGCAGAGGUGAACACAGAAUAUGUUAACAGUAUUGCAGAAAGCGUUAAAAGCAGCUUUCCCAGAGAAAUCCAGUCUGGAGUCUUAGAGGUUAUUUCUCCUCCUGCUUCUUAUUAUCCAGAUCUUUCCAACCUGAAGAAAACUUUUGGGGAUUCGGAGGACAGAGUAAGGUGGAGAACUAAACAGAACUUGGAUUACAGCUUUUUAAUGCUGUAUGCCCAACCUAAAGGAACGUUUUAUUUACAGGCCUCGGACUCUGUAUCACAUAAGUACAUCACAGGAUUCCCAGAAGCAGAAGGCUGCAGUAGCCCGCACCUUGUACCAUUCUUGUCAGCGUUCGAGCUGAGCUACUCAAGAGCCUGCACUCCGUUCUUAAAUUCGGCGUAG